AUGUCCUCGCUCAGCCAGCGCCGGCCUGCCAGCGCCACCGCCGACAAGAUAGAACCCGAGCGCGAGCUCCCACAAUACAGCUCCAACGACUCCGAAAAACAGCAACACUCUCUUGCUCUUGGGAGAUUUCGCGUCGCAACGGCCGGAGAAAGUGGCCGAUCAGGAUUCCACCCGUGGUAUUUCCUGAAAGUAUGUUUCCGAAGCACAUGCACCCUGUCGAUGGUCGUCAACAUCUUCUGGCCUGUCGUCCCUGCUGCUAUCGUUCUCGGUUUCGCUCGCCCCGACCUCAAGGUCUGGGUGUUUGCGCUCAAUUAUAUUGCUAUGGUCCCGAGCGCCAAUCUGAUGGGCUUUGCCGGCGGCGAGCUGUCUCGGAAAUUGCCCAAGGUUGCCGGAAUUCUGCUAGAGACGAGUUUAACUUCGGUCGUCGAGCUGAUCCUGUUUAUGGUCCUGAUUAAGAAAGAUGUAAACAAUAGUUUUAUUCCUGUCAUCCAGGCCGCUAUCUUGGGUUCCAUUUUGGCCAAUCUGCUUUUGUGCCUGGGUCUGUGCUUUUUCUUUGGUGGUAUAAGACGAGAAGAGCAGAUUCUGCACGAAGCUGUCAGUGAAGUCGGAUCUGGUCUUCUUCUGGUGGCUGGUUUCGCCCUGUUGAUUCCGACUGCCUUUUAUUCCGCCUUGUCUGGAACAGCUCAGGGAAAUUCCACUUUUACGUCAGAGGAGCUUAUUGUUAACACCCGGACAAUCAGUCGGGGGACAUCUAUCAUUCUCUUAGCCGCGUUCGGCAUGUUCCUAUGGUACAAUCUACGUACCCAUCACGGUAUUUUCGAUGAAGUGCUCGAGAACGACGAGAACCAGGACGAAGAUGGAGACAGAGAGCGAAGGCGGCCGAAGCUGACUUUGCUUGAGAGUCUUAUCGCAACGGUCGUUGCACUGGCACUGGUCGCCAUUUCGGCUGUCUUUUUGGUCGAGAACAUCCCUGCCAUCAGGGAGCGAGGCGUGCCGGACAACUUUAUCGGUCUGAUCCUGGUUCCUCUGGUUGAAAAGGCGGCAGAACAUUUGACUGCAAUCGAUGAAGCAUGGGACAAUCAAAUCAACUUUGCCCUCUUCCACUGCCUCGGCCCUUCGAUCCAGACUGCCCUGCUUAAUUCUCCUCUGGUCGUCAUUGUCAGCUGGGGACUCGGCAAAAACAUGGAUCUCAACUUUGAGAUUUUCAUGAUUGUCCUCCUGGUCAUGUCCAUUCUCGUGGUAGGCAAUUUCCUGCGCGACGGAAAAUCAAACUACAUGGAGGGCGGCCUUUGCGUGCUUGUCUAUCUGAUUAUCGCCCUUACGACAUGGUAUUACCCUAACCCAGAAGAAGGCACGACAAACGUGCAGAUGCCUGGGGAAUGA